UGACAGAUACUGCCUUUAUUCCUGUCGCUCACCGAGCGGGUCGGAGCUGGCUACCUGCGUCCUUUGUGAACACCUUAUUGCACUGGUUUCCGGUGCUGACCUGUUCUGGGAACCAGAGCGCUGGUGUAUGCCAAAACAGAUAUGACAACAUCUAAGCCCCAGCAUGGAGUGUCAGCCUUCUUAAUAGAGAAGACCUUUGAUGGGUUCAGCACUGGUCAGAAGCUAGACAAGUUGGGCAUCAGAGGUUCCAGCACAGGAGAACUCAUCUUUGAAGACUGCAAAGUCCCAGCCAAGAAUAUGCUAGGGAAGGAGAAUGGAGGGAUCUAUGUGCUCUUCUCUGGCCUGGACCUGGAGAGGCUGGUGCUCGCCUCACAGCCUGUAGGACUGAUGCAGGCUGCUUGUGAUGUUGCAUUCGAAUAUGUUCACUUAAGGAAGCAGUUCAAUACAAGAAUUGGGGAGUUUCAGCUGAUGCAGGGAAAGAUUGCUGACAUGUACACCACUUUGAGUGCAUGUCGAUCAUACUUGUACUGUGUGUCACGUGCUUGUGACCAGGGACACGUCAACAGGAAGGACUGUGCUGGUGUCAUUCUGUAUUGUGCUGAGAAAGCGACUCAAGUUUGUUUGGAAGCCAUCCAGUGUCUAGGAGGGAAUGGCUACAUCAAUGACUAUCCAACUGGUCGCUUCCUUAGAGAUGCUAAGCUUUAUGAAAUUGGGGCUGGCACCAGUGAAAUCCGUCGCCUGGUUAUUGGUAGAGCCCUGAAUUCAGAGUAUAGGUAACUGGUCAGCCUGCACACUUAAGACAGGUAUGGAAUGAUGACUUGUGUGUUCACUGAACAGGUGUUGCUGUUCUGUAGCUUGUGAUAUUCUUUUUCAUUCUUAUUUACAGUGAUUCCAUGAAUAGGUGUUAUGUUGGCUUUUACAUUAGUAAUGAGAGCAUUGGUAUCUCACAACUAUCAUCAGAGUUCUUCUCACCGGGUGGCACACAACUACUAGGAUCUGUGAUGAAAUUGAAAUUUGAAUGACAUAAGAUGCAUUAUUGUUAUACUGCAUUUUAGAAGCUAUGUACUGAGGAUCAGCAUUAUACAUACUAUAACAUUGACAGGUAUUGUCAACAGGAUGCAACCUCAGGCCAUGCAGUAUGUAAUAUAUUAUAGGCAGUCCAUCUACAAAACUGUUCAUAAUUUUACCAAGUAAAUAAGAAUCAUAAGGAUAGACUUUUGGUUCGUUUGGAAUAACAAAGAAGGGAAAUAUAUUUAUUUGUAAAUUUUUAUCUUAUUCUGAAGAAUUAGUUAUGUAUACAUAAGAAUUCAAGUCAAAGGAUAUUAUAGAGCCAUAUUGUUGUACAAAAUAUUUCUGGUCACCUUCCUUACCUAGUGAGUAGAAUACAGCAAAUGAGUUAACAAAUGGGCAUAAUAUGUAGUUUCAGCUGUAUCUAUUCAACCCCAAAAUCUGAAAACUUAUAGUUAUUAGAUGUUUUAUAUUAGAUGUUGAACAUCAUAGAUGGACAGAAUAGACAGUGGACACUACUAUUCCAGAUGCUACAAAAAUAGUGAUGCUUGGAAGAAGUGAUGUAGAGUAAUUGUGGCGCCCCCUGCUAUAGUGAACUAAACGACGCAGACAAACAAUCGAGAAAAUUUUGUUUGAAAGCCCUGCUUACUCAGCUGUAUGUGCACAUACCUCACUACAGCACUGUGCUGUAAUGUGGUAAGUGACCAUAUUUGGCACUUGACUCAAAGCAUCUGCAGUUCCAUUGGCCAGGAGGUGAUGACUCACUAUAAUCUCACUUGGUGAUUGGUCCUGGUACUUCUGUCAGGCACUUGCCUCACUAUAGUACGGAUAUUUCACCUUGUGCUCUGGGAGUGGAAAAAUCUUGAGUUUUUCUAUUAUAUUCCAACUUUAUAAACUUAUGUUUUGAACUUUCAUCAGAGAGCUUGAAUUGCCCUAUCUGGUGCAUGUGACAACUUAAUUUCGACCCAGGUGUGGCUUACUUCACUAUAGUAGGGAACACUAGAAUAAUUGAGAUUAACAAUGUCAUUACAGAGAACGAUUCAGAUUUGAAAGGACACUCCUAGUUAAAGGUUGUGCAUGGCCAUCAUCACAGGUCAGGAUUGAAAAAUUCAUUGAAGUGGCUGUAUUCCUUUGUAACAAAAUAACUGAUGUAAUGGUAAGGUUUGUUGAUCAUGCAAGUGAAUCAGUAUUAUGGAAAACUAGGAUAGAUUAUGACAGUAAAAUUUCAGCCAUAUUUCAUGGACAUUGGACGUAAAAACUUGCCUUUUAUCAGAACUUUAAAAGAAAAUUCCUACUACUAGUACAUACUUUCAUUCAGGCAGCUUAAGUUUCAAAUGCAACCAGACACAUUUAUCCAAAAUAUAUGAAACAGUUUGCUAGAACUAUACAACACCAUAUUUGUGACUUUACUUUAAAAAUAUUAAUAAUAGGAAAAGUUACCAACCAAGUAAUUAGACAGUUUACAAAUAAUAAUUAAACUAUUGUUUUGGCUCACCAUAAACAUUCAUUCAGAGUGCAGAGGAAUAGAUAUCCCAUUUGUGAUUUUAAUUCAGUAUUUUUAUUGAUUAAAUGUAUUAGUUUUAGAACUUAAAGCAAGAAGUGAAGCUUUCACUCAUUAGAUAGUUUUCUCUAAAAAUUUUUGAAGAGUGUAAUGAGCUGUGUGAUGAUCUGGGUCGUUGGGUUGCUUAAGUAUGAUUAGUGUACUUCAAUCUGAAAAGUCAUAACUAAGAGGGAUGUGGAUUUUUGAAAUUACCUCUAAUUCAGACACACAAACACACAUUUACUCAACUGCAGCAGAAGUGGGACUAACAGAUGUUUUGUUCAAAGUGUUUAAGGUUGUAAGAGUUGCAAGUUGUUGACAGGUAUUAGGCCAGGACUUUGUCUUUAUUGUCUGAAUUUAGGUGAUGUUCCUUGAUAUUCUACAUUAGUGAGAAUUAUUAGUUUUAAGAUAUUCAUACUUAGAUUGUGAUCUUAAGAAAUGGUGACUGUUUAUGUAUAUUGGACUCUAUAAUAUAUCUGACUUAGUGCUCUGCUUUAGCAAGAAGGGAAAUAUAAGAACAAAAUUACCCAUUGAUGGAAGAAAGAAAAAAAAGUCAUAUAAUUAUUAUUUGUGUCAUGUGCAAAAUUACUUUGUUAUUCAGGAAGAAUCAGUGUUAGAUGUAUGAAAUGGUUAGUUAGGUUGUGUAAGUUAACAGAGAUGAAUUACUCAAAAUUUCAAGUCCUGCCUUAAUUUUGGAAAGGUAAGACAACAGAGGACUGUGUAUUGGAGUGAAAUUUUAUCUAACAUGCUCCAGGCAAACUUGACAGCCUCAGUCUUGAAUGACCCUGCUUUGGACCACAUAGUUAAGGGAUAGAAUUCUCUAUGUAUAUGGAUUAACAUGUGUACAAUUACUUUAAAGUAAAUUUUAUUUUUGUAGUAGUACAAAUAAUGUAGGUUACAUAACACUAUAGCUGGAACAAUUUUUGUGGGUUGUCCUUGUACUAUUUGGAAGAUGAAAUAAACACAAAUGAUAUAUCUA